CUAGCCGUGUGCUAUAAUUGAAAUGGCGCGUUUUGCUGGAGGCAGGUUGUGAGGGCGCUUUUUGCAAUAGCAGAAUGCAUGUCGAUAGACGUCAUUUGGUUUUAAUGGCCUACAGGAUAUUUGGCGUUACAAUACGAGACAUUAGCAAGGGAGAGAGGACAGAAAAAACAGCCGCACGAAAACUGUUUACGGAGAUCUGCAUAUUCACCAUCAGCAUUUCUUAUAUAUAUACUUUAUCAACAAGUUAUAGGCGACAUAGCUUGCAUUAUUGCUCUAUAAGUACAAGAGAUGCGAAAAGCGUACCUCGCGUUACUUAUUUAGGAACUGAAAAUGUAUGCCUAGUUGAAAAUGCCCUGGGAAAUAUUACAUCAGACGAAAUGACAAUGAUUAAAAUCUGCUUUUUUCUUCUUUAAGUCUAUUGAACGGCGUGACACCAGCCUGAUACUGAACAACAUUAAAACCGUUAUCCCCCUGCGAACCUGAACUUAAAACCGUUACGAGGAUUGAUCUAUUUUUAUUCUGAUGGAAAAUCAGGAAAAACAACGCUAAUGAUUCUGUGUAAUCGCACCCAUUUUGGUAAAAGAGAAAAAAUAUCACGUUUUCAUCUUGAAAUUAGCUAGGGCGCGAGUAGGGUUGAGCUAAUUGUAGCCUAAUCCUUGCCCCAGAGGCGUUUGGAAAGCCUGGAGCAAGAAUUCUUUUUUAGCUCUCCUCUGUUAUUUAGAGACGGAUUAUUGGCUUUCUUCUUCUCAUAACAGACCCGGCAGUUUCAUUUUAGCAAAAAGAAGGACAAGAAGCUAAAAACUCGCAACAGGAGCCAACCACCUCAUAUUUUAAGGCUAUAGAAAUAAAGGUUAAAAGGGAAAGGAGAGAUUUCUUCUAUGUUCAAGGAAGGAAGAAGCAUGUCACGCCUGUCUUUGACCCGGUCUCCAGUCUCUCCUCUGGCCGCUCAGGGAAUCCCUCUACCGGCUCAGCUGACAAAAGCAAACGCUCCGGUCCACAUUGACGUCGGAGGGCACAUGUAUACCAGCAGCUUGGCAACUCUCACCAAAUACCCGGACUCCAGAAUCAGCCGCCUGUUUAACGGCACAGAGCCUAUCGUGUUGGACAGCUUGAAGCAGCACUACUUCAUUGAUCGGGAUGGAGAGAUAUUCCGCUACAUUCUCAGCUUCCUACGGACCUGCAAACUUCUCCUCCCGGAUGACUUUAAGGACUUCAACCUGCUGUAUGAGGAGGCACGGUACUACCAGCUGACUCCCAUGAUCAAGGAGCUGGAGCGCUGGAAGCAGGAGAAGGAGCAGCGGAAGCUGGCGCAGCCCUGCGACUGCCUGGUGGUGCGGGUGACACCUGACCUGGGCGAGAGGAUCGCCCUGAGUGGGGAGAAGGUGCUCAUCGAAGAGAUCUUCCCCGAGACCGGGGACGUCAUGUGCAACUCUGUCAACGCUGGCUGGAACCAGGACCCCACACACGUCAUCCGCUUCCCCCUCAAUGGCUACUGCAGGCUCAACUCUGUGCAGGUCCUGGAACGGCUCUUCCUGAAGGGCUUCAGUGUGGCAGCAUCGUGCGGUGGCGGCGUGGACUCCUCCCAGUUCAGCGAGUACGUACUGUGCCGAGAGGACCGGAGAUGUCAGCCUAUCAACACCCCUAUCAGAAUAAAGCAGGAGCCUCUGGACUAGAGCAUGCUGGGAAAGAGACUGGCGCCGAGGUGGACACUCAUACAGAACAUCCCCCCUCCCAAAAAAAAAAAAAAUAAAAAAAAAUACAGAAAAAAAAAACCCAACGACAACACGUAGGUAUUAACAGACACCACUUCGCGUCAUCAGCUCUGUGGAACACAGUGCUUGAACGGGAAUGUAAUUUCAGCAAGUCCGAAAAAAAAAUGCUUUGAUUCUGUCAAGAUUACCCAAAGAAGUUAUAAAACAAGGGACUUGUGAAGAAAAACCUGGACCAUUUCAAUUUUGUAAACAAACUCUUGUCCUCCUUUUGUUCUUGGUACUAUGAGCCCCUCUGACAAGAUGAUGCAGAUACCACGGGGGGGAGACCCGUCUCUCACUUCAGCGCAGCCUGGCCUGUCGUCCAGUCUUGUCUCUGUGUGAAGCCUGUGUGUUAUGUGUGACGAUGUGGCUGAAUGUGGACAGCGCUUGUGUGCAGACGCUCAGCCUCCUCCCACAGUAGUAACUUAUGGAGCAUUUACUAGGAAACCAGUACACCCCAGCCAGCUGACAGGUGACAGAAUACUCCAGCGCGACAAUGCCAGCCUGCUUCAUUUCUUUAUUUCCGUAUUGAAAGACAGAGUGAAUGAAUGGGCUUUAUAUGAAAUGAUCUUGUUCUUUGC